AUGUCAUACACUGAGCUCGAACAUGGCUAUCAAGGGUUGCGGCAAGCUACUCAGCCCCAAUUUUAUGUCGGAGAUGACGGAAAUCUUGUACCGAUAAGAUCAUCAGGCGAGUUGGAUCUGUGCGAGUCGCUGGACCCGCAUAGCGAUGGCGGGGGUAAGAAAGUGGUGGUCGGCGUCUGCGCCAUGGCCAAGAAGUCGCAGUCGAAGCCGAUGAAGGAGAUCCUCACGCGGCUCGACGAGUUCGAGUACAUCAAAAUGCUGGUCUUCCCAGAGGAGGUUAUCCUUAAGAAACCAGUAGAGGAGUGGCCCAUCUGCGAUUGUCUUAUAUCCUUUCAUUCAAAGGGCUUCCCGUUGGACAAGGCCAUUCAAUAUGAGAAAUUACGGAAGCCCUAUGUUAUAAACAAUCUUCAUAUGCAGUAUGACAUUCAGGAUCGUAGAAAAGUAUACGCAAUAUUGGAGGGUGAGGGUAUAGAGAUACCCAGGUACGCUGUAUUAGACAGAGAUUCCCCGGAUCCUAAACAUCACGAGCUGGUGGAGUCAGAAGACCACGUUGAAGUUAACGGCGUAGUGUUCAACAAGCCGUUCGUGGAGAAGCCGGUUUCGGCUGAAGAUCAUAAUAUUUACAUUUAUUACCCCACGUCCGCCGGUGGCGGCAGCCAACGACUCUUUCGGAAGAUUGGAAGUCGAAGUAGUAUAUAUUCACCAGAAUCGAGAGUCAGGAAAACAGGGUCGUUUAUCUAUGAAGACUUUAUGCCAACUGAUGGUACGGACGUAAAAGUAUACACAGUGGGUCCUGACUACGCACACGCAGAAGCGCGCAAGUCGCCGGCUUUAGACGGCAAGGUCGAAAGGGAUUCGGAAGGCAAGGAGAUCAGGUAUCCUGUCAUCUUGUCUAACCAGGAGAAGCUGAUCUCCAGGAAAGUUUGUCUUGCCUUCAAACAAACUGUUUGUGGCUUUGAUUUACUUAGAGCAAACGGCAAGUCCUUCGUGUGUGAUGUAAACGGAUUUUCAUUUGUGAAGAACUCGAAUAAGUACUACGAUGAUUGUGCCAAGAUCUUGGGGAAUAUGAUCCUGCGGGAGCUAGCGCCGACGUUGCACAUUCCAUGGUCGGUGCCCUUCCAGCUGGACGACCCGCCCAUUGUACCCACGACCUUCGGGAAGAUGAUGGAACUACGCUGCGUGGUUGCUGUCAUCAGACAUGGGGAUAGGACUCCUAAACAGAAGAUGAAGGUCGAAGUUCGACAUCAGAGAUUCUUCGAAAUAUUUGAGAAAUACGAUGGUUUUAAGCGUGGUCAUGUGAAGUUAAAAAAGCCGAAACAACUGCAAGAGAUCCUGGACAUCGCUCGCGCGUUACUGUCAGACAUACAGACAAGACACGCCGAUCCUGAAAUUGAGGAGAAGCAAGGGAAACUAGAACAACUCAAGAGUGUUCUGGAAAUGUACGGUCACUUCUCAGGCAUCAACCGCAAGGUGCAGAUGAAGUACCAGCCACGCGGGCGGCCGCGCGGGUCCAGCUCGGACGACGGUAACCCGCCGCCGCAUCACGGCGGUGGCGGCGAGCCGUCGUUGGUGCUGAUACUGAAGUGGGGCGGCGAGCUCACGCCGGCGGGACGGAUACAGGCCGAGGAGCUCGGACGGAUGUUCCGCUGUAUGUACCCGGGGGGACAGGGACGACAUAUACCCGGUGAAGGUGGUACCCAAGGCCUUGGUUUACUCCGCCUACAUUCCACCUUCCGCCACGACCUGAAGAUAUACGCGUCAGACGAGGGUCGCGUGCAGAUGACGGCAGCUGCCUUUGCUAAAGGAUUGCUGGCGUUAGAAGGAGAACUGACUCCAAUACUAGUACAAAUGGUCAAGUCUGCUAACACAAAUGGACUACUCGAUAACGACUGUGAUUCUUCUAAAGUUCAAAAUAUGGCAAAAGCUCGUUUACACGAAGCAAUGCAGGUGGAUCGCGAGUUCACCGAGGAGGACCGAUGUCGCAUCAACCCGUGCGAGUCGGUGAGCAUCAGUGCCGCCAUGGAGUUCGUCAAGAACCCCGUGCGGUGCUGCGCACACGUGCACACGCUCAUACAACACCUCGUGCAUAUUGUGCUCACUAAGAAGGACGACCCGAAGACUAAAGAUACAAUAUUAUACCACGGCGAGACAUGGGAACUAAUGGGUCGGCGAUGGGGUAAAAUAGAGAAGGACUUUUGUACAAAGAACAAAACGUAUGACAUAUCGAAGAUACCGGAUAUCUACGACUGCAUAAAAUAUGAUCUGCAACACAACCAACAUACGUUGCAGUUUGACUUGGCGGAAGAACUUUACAUCUAUGCCAAGUACUUGGCUGAUAUUGUGAUACCUCAGGAAUACGGUCUCACGAUGCAAGAAAAGCUAACGAUAGGACAAGGCAUUUGCACGCCGCUUCUGAAGAAGAUCAGAGCUGACCUGCAGCGGAACAUCGAGGAGUCGGGGGAGGAGACAGUCAAUAGGUUAAAUCCCAGAUACAGUCACGGCGUGUCGUCCCCGGGCCGCCACGUGCGCACGCGCCUGUACUUCACCAGCGAGAGUCACGUACACUCGCUGCUCACUGUAUUGCGCUUCGGGGGAUUACUUGACGUAAUAAAAGACGAGCAAUGGCGUCGUGCGAUGGAGUACGUGUCGACUGUGUCGGAGCUGAAUUACAUGUCGCAGAUUGUGGUCAUGUUGUACGAGGAUCCCACCAAGGAUCCCUAUUCGGAGGAGAGGUUCCACGUAGAGCUCCACUUCAGUCCGGGCGUGAACUGCUGUGUACAGAAGAACUUACCGCCUGGACCUGGCUUCAGGCCACAUAGUCGGAAUCACUCCACUACCAACAACUCGAGUUCGUCUGACGAGGUGAAGUGUAUCGAGGAGGAAGGUGAGGAUGACAACAUGGCUAGUCAGGAGACACUGCAACCGGAUGCCGAAGAACUAGACAACACAUUCUCGCCGAAGAAAUUGUCUAAGUCAAAGAUCAGGCCUUCUGAUCCUAUACCGAUUUGCAACCUGCACUAUACAGUGAGCGGGCACGAGGCGUCCACGUUGGCGGCGCGACUCAAUGCGGAACUGCGGGCGCGCUCGCACGCUGACACGCCCGCACACGGUGAUACACAGGGUGAUGAAAAGGAACCUAAAGACGUGGAAGAAGCGCCGCCCCGAGCUCGUUCCUACGACCAACAUAAACAGAGCCACGACAACGGUAAGUAUGCGAGCAGACGCGGACCAACGCAUGGCUGCACUAAUAACGACCCACUAAUACCGACGCCUGUAUUCUUAGUUGUACAGAACUUACUCUACUAUACUAUAAAAUUAUUAGAACGAAAUUGUUCUUUUACUAGCAUUUUAUGA